AUGGCUGCACCUCGGACCAUUCAUUUUAUUGUUGUUCUUUGUAUCCUUCGUUAUGUUAAAGGUACUUUAGGGCAUGGGCUUCAGUUUUCUUCCCAAUCUUCUCUGGUUUUAUCAGGCUAUUCCGAUGUUGAUUGGGUUGGUGAUCCUACUGACCAGCGUUCUACCUCUGAUUAUUGUUUAUACCUUGGUGAUUCACACAUUUCUUGGCGUAGUAAGAAACAGAGUGUUGUUUCCCAUUCUAGUACGGAGUCUGAAUAUUGUGCUCCAGCUGAUGCUACGUCAGAAAUCUUGUGGCUUCGUUGGCUUCUUGCUGAUAUAGGAGUCCCUCAGUCGUCUGCCACUAUACUUCAUUGUGACAAAUGUAGUGCCAUUCAGAUUGCUCAUAAUGAUGUCUUUCAUGAACACACCAAGCAUAUUGAGAAUGGUUGUUACUCUAUUUCCACUGCUGAGAAACCCGCUGACAUUCUCAUCAAAGCAUUGCCUCCUGGUCGUUUUCUCCAACUACUUAACAAACUCAAGUUGAUUCCUACCUUACCACCUUGA